CACGUCUCCUGGUUGCAACCUGUUCAUGACGUCGGACCAGUUGUUUUGGUCCCCCCUCUGCCCAAUCGGAAGGCUCCGGUCUCAUUCUACCGGAGCCGAAAUGGGUCUAUCCAUGCAGCCGCUCCGUCCUCCCGUAAGUACCAUAACGCCCUUCGUCGGGUGCUCUGUGGUACCCGACUGCUGCUUUAAACGGCAGCACUGACAUGGAAACCCCAUUGCAGCUGCACAACGAUUUCUUUCCAGAGCAGCAGUUCCAGCACUGUAAGUACCAGCACUACUGCGGGCGGGAGGAUCGGCUCGGCAAGCAGCGCGAGCAAUGCUGCACCUGCAAUAACUGCACCUGCGAGGCGAGAAAAAGCCUCGUCUUCCGCGGGACGUCGCCGACCACUGUGGGAACUUUGAGGACACCUUCGGAAACGUCUUCGGCGAGGCAAGGUUGCCAGUACAGCGUCUGCGAGUUCACACCCUCUAGUCAUGGUAGUUCAUCCAGGCAUCAUCAUCAUCCUCACCAUCAGCAGCAGCAGCAGCAGCAGCAGCAUUGCCGCGAUCGGCAGCGGGGCAGCCUGGGCAGCAGCCACAAAGACAGUAACUCCUACAAUGAAAUAGCCAUGAGCAGCUGCAGAUACAACGGCGGCGUAAUGCGGCCGCUGAGCAACUUGAGCUCGUCCCGCAGAAACAUACACGAGUUUGAUUCCGAGUCCCAGCCUUUGCAGCCCAUCUCCGCCGCAGAUGCGUCGGACACCCUAGUAUCCAAGCCGGAGAAUAAUUCCACCACCCUGAUGCCUUACGCAUCGGGGGACGGAGGGGGAGGCUGCGGCCACAGCGGCGGCAAAUCGGGGAAGAAGAAGAACCAGAACAUUGGGGAGAAGCUCGGGCACAGGAGGGCCCUGUUCGAGAAGAGGAAGCGGCUCAGCGACUAUGCUUUAAUCUUUGGGAUGUUUGGGAUCGUUGUUAUGGUUAUAGAGACUGAACUCUCAUGGGGAGCCUAUGGAAAGGAGUCCCUGUAUUCAUUAGCUCUAAAAUGCCUGAUAAGCCUUUCUACAAUCAUUCUCCUGGGGCUGAUUAUCAUAUACCAUGCGAGAGAGAUACAGUUAUUUAUGGUGGACAACGCAGCCGAUGACUGGAGGAUAGCCAUGACAUAUGAGCGCAUCUUCUUCAUCUGCCUGGAGAUCCUGGUGUGCGCCAUCCACCCCAUCCCAGGGAACUACACCUUCACCUGGACAGCGCGCCUGGCCUACUCCUAUGUGCCAUCCAAGACGGAUGCAGAUGUGGACAUCAUCCUGUCCAUCCCCAUGUUCCUGCGGCUGUACCUCAUUGCUCGUGUCAUGCUGCUGCACAGCAAGCUCUUCACGGACGCCUCGUCCCGCAGCAUCGGUGCACUCAACAAGAUUAACUUCAACACGCGCUUUGUGAUGAAGACCCUCAUGACCAUCUGUCCGGGCACUGUGCUGCUGGUCUUCACCAUCUCGCUGUGGAUCAUCGCUGCAUGGACUGUGAGAGCUUGCGAGAGGUACCAUGACAACCAGGACAUAACCAGCAACUUUCUAGGAGCCAUGUGGUUGAUCUCAAUCACGUUUCUUACCAUUGGAUAUGGGGAUAUGGUCCCAAACACAUACUGUGGGAAAGGAGUCUGCCUCCUGACUGGCAUUAUGGGUGCUGGCUGCACUGCCUUGGUGGUGGCUGUGGUGGCAAAGAAACUGGAAUUAACCAAAGCUGAAAAACAUGUCCACAAUUUUAUGAUGGACACCCAGCUAACAAAAAGAGUGAAAAACACAGCUGCGAAUGUUCUCAGGGAGACGUGGCUCAUCUAUAAGAACACCAAACUGGUGAGGAAGAUGGACCACGCCAGAGUCAGGAAGCACCAGAGAAAAUUUCUCCAAGCCAUUCACCAACUGACUCUUGUGUGUCUCUCUCGCUGUAUGUCAGUUUGCAUGCUGACCUCGGGGGCUGACACAUCUGGGUUUCUACUUUCCUAGCGACUGGUCAGACACUUAGCUGUCAGCUAGUCUUUUAGUGGCUCCCCGAGGACUCCCCGAAGUGCUACCUAACUCCAAAACAGUAUCGAUUUUAGCCUCACCUCGCUCUUGUUUUUCUUCAACCUACAGUGCUUACAAGCAGAUCCAGUCUGUGGCUUUGUCUUUGAAUAACUGGCAUUCAACCCAGUGCUUUAUUAUAAUAACUAGAUGUGCGGUGAUUGAUGCUUAAGUAAACUGUCCCCCUUUUUGUAUGUUUGUGUGCUUUCUGUGGUUUCAUGUACGUAUAUAGGUCUUUGUGGUCUCCUUUGUGCGGCUUUGAUUUGCUCAUGAAUCUUUUGAACACACAUUUAUGUUUCAAAGACAUCGGGAUGUUUAAUCACAUGGUGGAGAAAUACACACACACAGCUGUCUGCUGCUGCUGCUGCAACCCGCAUCCAGGUUUUGUGCCGUUUAAUAGCUUCUUGUCAUGGCUGCUUUGUCUAGUCAUUAUGUCCUCGCUGUCGUACUCAGGCGAUUUUUGCAGCGGUGACGACAGCGUCUCAUGUCCACCUCCUGUUCCUUUAGGACAGCCUAAUAAUGGAAGUCCCCGGGAGCUAAAGCUAAAUCUAUACAGAACCUGAUUCGCUGGGAAAAAGUCACGUACGGCUUUGUGUGCAAGGACAGCUGCUCAGCAUGGUGCAAGCAUCCUCCCGUCACACCUUUAUCUUGUGAGGAUUGUGUUUUGUUCGGGAGGAAGUGUGUUCACGGGCCUUAUCUUGGAGAGUGUUAAGCAUUGCCCGUAGUGUAGUUGCAGGACGUGAUGCAAGACUGCGGAUUGAGACGAAUGUAGGACAGGAAGCGGCCAGAGAGCGGGCAGAGCGGUCGAGUGGCGGGCUGGAAAAAAAAAAAAGGCCUAGCCUACAGCCAUCCUUGACCUGUCACGAGGCGAUGGUAAACAUCAAAUCAGAUAUCAUCGGGCCCGUUUCAUCCGGUCAGAGCUGCGAGGCAGUGUGUCAGUGGUCCCCAUCCGUCACUGUAAAGGAUGUGAGGUGUAAACAGUUGUUAAAUGGAGCUAUAAUAGGCGCUUUGAGGCACUGUCUGCGUCGACCAAUGUUUACUAAAGUUAACAGGGAGGUUGUUUAUUCGAUUUACUGUAUUCUCGAUAACCAAGGACUCGUGUGGGGGGGGAAAAGGGGAUUUAGACUUAGAGAGGCUGGAGCGCGGA